CACCUCUGCAGCCUCCUCCUCUUCCUCCUCCACCUCCACCUCCUCAGCCUCCAACACCGAGCUGCCCUCCGUGGCCCCGGCCCCCCGCUGCCCCCACACCAGCAGGACCUUCACCGGCCUGAAGAUCUUCUGCAGGAGCAAAGAGGAGGAGUAUUUCAGAAGUCGACCUCCUCUCUCCAUCCAACAUGGACACCUUUUUCCGCCGUCACUUUAAGAGGAAGGAAGCUGCUCUGCAGGCUGAUGACCAGGUCGCACCUGGCCGCCAGCGGAGGCCCAGCGUGGCUGUCCCGACCAGCAAGGCCCGUCGCAGGUCCAGCGUCGGGCUUCCUUCCUCCAGCCUGACCCAGCGGCGGCGCUCCAGCGUGCAGCUGCCAGGGGGGUUACCCUGUGCAGGAGGGGGGCGUUUGGGUAAGACACCCAAACGCAACAGGUGGGCGGGACACACUCGCAGGCGUUCCAGCACCACCACCCCCAACAUGAACCCGAGGUUCGCCGUACGCAGGAAAAAGGUCGGGAAGCUGCGCACCAUCGACACCCACCUGCUGGGGCCGUCCAUGCUGCUGGCCAGUCUGAUCCAGAUGGCAGAGGAGGACGAGGACGACGGUGUGGGGGCGGGGCUACUGGACGGAGAACAGCAGGUGGAGAUGAGGGGCGGGGCCAACAACAGGAGAAUGUUUUCACGUUCCAGCAGCCUCCACUCGGAUGGAGACGAUGACAGUAGCGACAGUUUCUCCACUGCCAACAACAGCCAAUCAGAAGACGAUGAGCUAUCUGAGGCGGAGCAGCUGGCUGAAGAGGAGGAGGAGGAGGAGGAGGACCCCUCCUGGUCUCCUGAUCAGAACAUCUGUGCCCCCUCCACCUCCACCGCCCUGGAGGUGAUGAGAAAAACUCCCCAGCCCCUGUCAACGUCACGGCCCCUCAUCAGGGCCCCUCGCUGCCUCCGCAGGAACUCCUCUCAGGUCAUCGUGGCAGACGUUGCUCCCUACAGCCGCUACCGCGCCUCCAGCCAGAGGAAAAGGAGGAAGGUCUCUACCAUCUCCAAGGCUGGGAGCCCCUGGCCAGGAAGAGGCCCCCCGCUGCCCAACCGCAAGAACUCAGUCUACUACCUCAACCACCCGGCCUUCUACAGGGGCCCCGGAGCCCUCAGCCCGCUGGGGGCCCACGGCUACAACUCCAACAUGGAGAGCUGGAGUGGCUUCUUGCUGAAAGCCAUCGCCAAGUCGGGUCUGCAGCACGCGGCGGCUCAGCCCGACGUGUCGGCUUCUGCACCGCCGGAGCAGCUGCGGGAGCCCAACAGCAGCGUCGACUGGACUGACAACGCUCUGUUCGGUGACCACAUCUGGUUUGAGACCAGCGGCUCUGGAGACUUCUGUUACGUAGGAGAGCAGUACUGCGUUGCUAAAUCACUGCAAAAGUCAGUGGCGAGGAAGAAAUGUGCCGGAUGUAAGAUAUCGGUCCACACCAUGUGCAUGGAGCAGCUGGAGAAGAUUAAUUUCAGGUGCAAACCGUCAUUUAGGGAACCAGGAUCUCGAGCUGUGCGAGAGUCCAACGUUGUGAGACACCACUGGGUCCACAGGAGGCGUCAGACGGGGAAGUGUCGACAGUGUGGGAAGGGAUUCCAACAGAAGUUUUCGUUUCACAGCAAAGAGAUUGUUGCCAUCAGCUGCUCGUGGUGCAAACAGGCGUAUCACAACAAGGUGACGUGCUUCAUGCUGCAGCAGAUCGAGGAGUGCUGCUCGCUGGGAGCUCACGCUGCCGUCAUCAUCCCGCCCACCUGGAUCAUCAGGGUCCGCAGAACACAGACAUCUUUAAAGUCCAGUAAAAAGAAGAAAAGGACGUCACUGAAAUGCAACAAGUCAAGCAAAAAGGGAGCCGAGCUGCAGGAUGGCCGCUGGAAGCCGUUCCUGGUGAAGCCUCUUCCCUCUCAGCUCAUGAAGCCUCUGCUGGUGUUUGUGAACCCAAAGAGUGGCGGAAACCAGGGAGCGAAGAUCAUCCAGUCGUUCAUGUGGUACCUGAACCCUCGGCAGGUGUUCGACCUGACAAAGGGAGGACCCAGAGAGGGGUUGGAGCUGUAUGCCAAAGUGCCCAACCUGAGGAUCCUGGCCUGUGGGGGAGACGGGACAGUGGGCUGGAUCCUGUCAGUGUUGGACCAGCUGAAGCUCCGCCCUCAGCCCCCCGUGGCCAUCCUUCCUCUCGGGACCGGUAACGACCUGGCCCGGACUCUGAACUGGGGCGGGGGCUACACUGAUGAACCCAUCACAAAGAUCCUCUCUCAUGUCGAGGACGGAAACAUUGUCCAGCUGGACCGAUGGAACCUGAACGUGGAGGCGAACCCCGAGGCCCGACCGGAGGACAGGGACGAACACCAGACGGACAAGCUCCCCAUCGACGUCUUCAACAAUUACUUCAGUCUGGGCUUCGAUGCUCACGUCACACUCGGCUUCCAUGAAUCCAGAGAGGCGAACCCCGAGAAGUUUAACAGCCGCUUCAGGAAUAAGAUGUUCUAUGCAGGGACAGCCUUCUCAGAUUUCCUGAGCGGGAGUUCCAAAGACCUCGCCAAGCACAUCAGAGUGGUGUGUGACGGGACGGACCUGACGGCCAAAGUCCAGGACAUGAAGCUGCAGUGUCUGCUGUUCCUCAACAUCCCCAGGUACUGUGCCGGCACCAUGCCCUGGGGUCACCCCAGUGAGCAUCAGGACUUUGAACCUCAGCGUCACGACGACGGCUGCAUCGAGGUCAUCGGCUUCACCAUGACGUCUCUGGCCACGCUGCAGGUGGGUGGUCACGGCGAGCGGCUCCAUCAGUGUAAGGAAGUCACCCUCACCACCUUCAAGUCCAUCCCCAUGCAGGUGGACGGGGAGCCCUGCAAGCUGGCACCGUCUGUCAUCCACAUCAGCCUGAGGAGCCAGGCCAACAUGGUGCAGAAGGCCAAGAGGAGGAUCUCCAUGCCCCACCUCAACGAUCAGCAGCCUGUCCCUGAGAAGCUGCAGAUCCGAGUGAACCGGAUCAGCAUGGCGGCGUACGAGUCUCUGCACUACGACAAGGACCAGCUGAAGGAGGCCUCGAUGCCGCUGGGCGUGAUCACCGUCCCUGGAGACAGCGACCUGGAGACCUGCCGCCUGCUCAUCGAGCGCCUGCACGACAGCCUGGACCAGGACUGUGACGAGAUGAAGGGAGAGUGUCUGUCCUCGCAGAAGUUGUCCAUGAAGUGGUGUUUCCUCGACUGUACAACUGCAGAUCGUUUCUACAGGAUCGACCGGGCUCAGGAGCACCUGAACUACGUGACGGAGAUCUCCCAGGAGGAGCUCUACAUCCUGGACCCGGAGCUUGUUGUCAAGGAGACGGUGGGCACCUCUCCCGGCAUGCCGGACCUGGUGGACUCUGAGGAGCACCAGGACCAGCAGAGACAGUUCACCUUCCCCUGCUCCCCGUCCUCCCCCACCUCCUCAACCUCAACCAGGGUUAGAGACUUUCAGAGGAAGAGGAUCUCCAGUGACAGUUCAGUGGCUGAUGCUUUAUCUCAGAGCUCCUCCAAGACCGCCCUCUGCAGGAGAGGAGCAAAGAUCAUCAAUGUCCAUCGCUCAAACACAACACUCGCUGAUUUCAGACCCAUCAUUAGUCCGUCCCGUGCUACCUCACACAACCCUGAAAAAGAUGCAGAGCUGAUCGACUGCAUCCGGACUGAAGACCUGACCAGACUGAUGGAGCUCCACCAGCAGGCGGCCAACAUCCUGCUGCAGGACGCCGCCGGCUGCACGCUGCUGCAUCACGCUGUGGAGGUCGGCAGCAAAGAGAUCCUCAAAUACCUCAUCGACAAUGUGCCCACAGCUCACCUGGACGUGACGGAGAGAGAGACAGGAGAGACGGCGCUCCAUAAAGCCGCCUCCUCCUGUCAGAGGAGUAUCUGUCACUACCUGGUGGAGGCCGGGGCGUCGCUCAUGAAGACUGACCUGCAGGGCGAGACGCCCAAACAGCGCGCUGAGAAGGCCAACGACCAGGAACUGGCUGAAUAUCUGGAGAACCGUCAGCAUUACCAGAUGAUCCAGAGAGAAGACCAGGAGACAGCAGUCUGAAGGUCGCUCUGUCCAAAACAUCUGUCUGUCUUAAAGUCCUUCAGUUUUUUACCCCCAGCAUCUACAGGCAGGGUGAAGUGUGACGAGACUGGACCUGUAGAACUGAUCGACAUGGCGGCUGUUUUCCUCCAGUGAUCUGAUGCUCACAGCAGCUAAGUUCAGGCUUUAGAUGGUUUAAUCUCAUCGCUUCCUGAUCAGCAGCUGAAACCAGAUGAAGAGCAGAAGUUUGUAUCUGUUUGGUAACACAUUAGCUCACAUUAGCAUUCUGCCACCUGCUGGCUAACAUCGCCAUUGGAUUACAACCCAGUGUGUUUCCCUUCCAGGUUUAAAUGAAUGUGUCAGAGAAGUGUGUUGUUAGUUUAGAGUUCAUUUCUGAUUUUCCUUUUGCAUCAUUUAACACUAUCAGACUGUAACAUCAGCUAGGAAGUGGCUGAAUGCUAACGUUAGCUGCUGUCUAACAGAUAAUCAAAUCUGUGGUUCCACUGAGAAAUAUGACCCGACGUCACUCCAGACGUGUGUCGUCCCUUCAGCUGCUGAUUAUUCAGGAAGCAGUGAAACAAUAACAACAUUUAUACUUUAAACCUGGAACACUGCAGAGCGCGACAUCAGGAAAAUGGCCGCCGUGUAACAUAUGAGCUAGCUCCUCUUCCCUGCUGUGAGGCCAGCAGGCCGUUAGACACAUGGACAUUAUUUCACCAGUUUUCCCGCCUGCUGUAACUGACCACAGAUGAUGCUUUGUUUUGGAUUCGUUCGGUCUGUCGUUGCCUGAACGCGCUGCUGUCCAAACUACAGAACAGAAAACUGGACACUGAAGUGAAUUCAAACUCGUCUGUUCAGACCACAAAGACUGUCAGAUCUCCUCCAAACUGAGUUUUCAAUGAGGCUUCUAUCAACUACACAUUAGCGCUCUGACCUCCGUGUUCAAGACAACGAUGUGUGUACAGAACGUGCUGUUGACGUGAAACGACAGCUGCUCUGAGCGAACACUGACUGUAUUCAUCCGUCUGCAGCUGAACAUGAUGGAACUACUAGAUGCUUUCGCCAUAUCGGAUAGAACGGCUGCAAAAACGUGUCUUUUUCAAGCUUAUAGUGACGUUUUGGAUGUAUUUGUUUACUCAACAGAAAUAAGUGUUUGUUCAGACUUUGCAUAUUUAACUUAGACACAGAAGAAUUGAGCUAUUUAUGGUUUAUUUGUAGAGAUAAAACACAUUUUGCUUGUGAUCAAACACAGGGAGGCCAGUGGUUCACUGACCGCUUCAGUUUUAGAUAAUUAGUCAACUUAUGAGAUUUCUUUGGUCUGUUACAUAACUGUAAAGCAAACGGCUGCCAGCAGGACGCUUUCGUUGUGAUGUGUAUCUACUGUGUACAUAGCUGAGACGCCCAGUAGACUGAAACUGAAGCUGAAGCCAGAUUCUGCCCAAGCAGGCCAGUCUGUGUUAAAGGAACAGUUCACCCAGAAAUACAAACAUGGUCCUCCUCUCCUCCUCCUGAGGAUGUAAAGUCCUCCUCUCCUCCUUCUGAUGAUGUAAAGUCCUCCUCUCAUCCUCCUGAUGAUAUAAAG